GGUCGUGUGAUGAGAGUUAUUAUAUUGUGGUGCUUUGAUCAGGCUGUUUAGGCAAGAUGGAGACGGUGCUGCUAGGAGUUUGUGACGAGGAGGUAGGGGAGGGUGAUGUCACGGACUGGAAAACGAACAAGUUUGGUGGGAAUCCUGAUUUUCCCAGCAAUGUCGAGCCCCCAACCCCAGUGUGUGAGCUCUGUGGCAAGAGGCUCUUGUUGGUAACACAGCUCUACUGCCCUCUACAGGGCUCUCUGUACCACAGAACUAUGUACAUAUUUGGCUGUGUUACCAAGACAUGCUGGAACAAGUCCGAGAGCUGGAAAGUGCUCAGAGUUCAACAGUUAGACAAUGGUGCAAGUGAAACACACCAGGCAAACACCACCAGUGAUUGGGAUGUUUCCAAGGAGACUGUUGUCAUGGCUACCACAGAUUGGUGUGAUGAUGCAGAUGACUGGGGUGUUGCCAAGGUAACUUGUACCAUGGCAACCACAGAUUGGUGUGAUGAUGCGGAUGACUGGGGCACAUCCCAUAAUACUUACACUGAUAGUGUUGUAUCAACCCCACCAAACAUUGAAAAGGAUUUGAAUAAAAACACUCCCAACCUUAGCACAGAGGCUGAAUCAGAUGAAUUAGCAAGUAACAUGAAAACUUUACAUCUGCAGGCGUCACCUUCAGAGUCCAACAGGUCAUAUGCAUCUGUUGCCAGGGUAACCAGCCCAGUAAUGGUUGCUAUGGAAACAGAUCCAGCAGACUCUGUUGAUAGUGGGGUGGACUCUGUCCAGUGUAUUGCUGAAGAAUUCCCUGCUGUUGACUGGGAUAACGUAUUGUCAGUGCUUGCCACUGGGAGCACCACAGUUCAAAUCACGGGUCAAACCACAGAUCAGAUAACCUCAGGAGAAAUGACCGCUGCCCAUGGAACUGUAACUGAUGACGGGAGAGUGACCAAAGAUCCUGCACAGUCAACUAUUACUGCUGACUCUUCACCAGGAAUCUGCUUCAAACCAUAUUAUGUUAAUGUGUUUGAGGAGAAUGAGGUCAAGGUCAGUGCCAGUGACCUUGACAGUGACCUUGACCACAUUCAGCAGCUCCUGAAGGCCUACAGCAGUCAGGAGGGGGUCAGCGUGGAUGCCAUGAUGGACGACGGUGAUGACCGCUCAGCCAAGGUAUCUGGUAGGAAGGUGAAGGUCACUGGUGGCAAGGUGAAGGUCACAGAAAGUGGAGAUGGGUAUGAAAAGGUGAAGGCAAGACAUGGAGAUGUGAUAUUUGAAAAGUUCAAGAAGAGAAUUUCUCUCUGCCCUCAGCAGUGUAUAAGGUACCAGUGGGCAGGGGAACCUCUCUACAUCAGCCAGGCAUUGGGCUCGUCUUGGAAGUGUCCUCCAUGCCAGUCUUGUGGAAGCCCCCGCGUAUUUGAAUUGCAGCUGUUGCCAACUUUAGUCAAUGUGCUUAGAAUUGGAACAAAUAAAGAGACCUCUGUAGAGUUCGGGACUGUGCUGGUUUUCACGUGCAAGAAAGCGUGUUGGAGUAACAACGACGUGGCGGUACAGGAAGCAGUACAUGUGCAAGCUGACCCCGAUAGCGAUUUGUUCAGACACUGACCGUAACACAGAUAACAGCAGCGAAUGCCUUUGGUCCCAAUCAGAAUACGGGACCAACUAGUCCGAGGGUCAAAUAUGGCCGACCCACUUGAAUACUUACCAAUGGGAUA